AUGCCGUUGCCACGCAACGCCAAGAUGCUGAGCACCAAGCAGCCCCGAGCAGGCAAGGUGGGCCCUGCUAAUGCCAACCCUGAGAGGGAAGAGAGCUGUCAGGCCAAGAGGUCUCCAUCCUCACCCCAGGGUGGGCCCAAGAAGAGGUCGGCGUUUGGGGACAUCACCAAUGCUCACAAGAACCAGGUGGUGGUGGGGAAGAAAGAGGCUGUGAAAGUGGCACCACACAAGGCACAGAGGGCCCAUGCUGCCCUGGGGGUGGCCAAGAACAAUGAGAUCAACCUGAAAAAGUCAAUGAAGAAAACUCCCCCAACAGAGGCUCCUGCAGAGCGCAAGGAGGAUCCUGUGCCAGAGGAGCCGGUGCCUGCACAGGUACCAGCAGUGGAGAACAUAGACAAGGAGCAGCUGGGUGACCCCUACGCCAAUGCAGAGUACGCCAAGGAGAUCUUCGAAUACAUGCGGGGAAGAGAGGAGAAAUUCAUGCUGCCCGACUACAUGGAGAAGCAGCCAGACAUCAGCGGGGACAUGCGUGCCAUCCUAGUGGACUGGAUGGUGGAGGUGCAGGAGAACUUUGAGCUGAACCACGAGACGCUCUACCUGGCUGUGAAGCUGGUGGACCACUACCUGGUUGAGGUGGUGAGCAUGAGAGACAAGCUGCAGCUCAUUGGCUCCACUGCCAUCCUCAUCGCCUCCAAAUUUGAGGAGCGGUGCCCACCGUGCGUGGAUGACUUCCUCUACAUCUGUGAUGAUGCCUACAAGAGGGAAGAGCUCAUUGCUAUGGAGAUGAGCAUCCUCAGCACCCUCAAGUUUGACAUCAACAUCCCCAUCCCCUAUCGGUUCCUGCGACGUUUUGCCAAGUGUGCCCGUGCCACCAUGGAGACACUGACGCUAGCCCGCUUCCUAGCUGCCUGCUAUUUGGGGGGCUGGAGAGGGAAGAUGAUGGCUCUACCGUCGCUGAGAGGCCUGCUGCUGGCACUCACCAUGAAGAACCUUGGUGGCUGGACCCCCACGCUGGAGUACUACAGUGGGUACCGCUCCCAGGACCUGCAUCCCCUGGUGAAGAGGCUGAAUUUCCUGCUCACAUACCAGCCCCGUGACAAGCUGAAGGCCGUGCGCACCAAGUAUUCACACAGGGUCUUCUUUGAGGUUGCCAAAGUCACCCCCAUGGACAUGCUCAAGCUGGAGGAGAUACUGAAGAGCUGCUAG